CAGCUGUUCAGAUCUGAUCAGCCUUCCUGGAGAGAUGGUCCUAUUUUUACUCCUGGCAGCCCUUCUUCUGUUCCCCAUUGGGGAGGCAGGGAAAAUCAUCGGGGGCCAUGAGGCCAAGCCACACUCCCAUCCCUACAUGGCAUUUGUUGAAUACCAGGUUUCAGAAGACAUUUUCUUCUGUGGGGGUUUCCUCGUGUGUGAGGACUUUGUGCUGACAGCAGCUCACUGCUUGGGAAGCUCAAUCAAUGUUACCCUGGGGGCCCACAACAUCAGGGAACAAGAGAGGACCCAGCAGGUCAUCCCAGUGAGAAGAGCCAUGCUGCAUCCAUGGUAUAAUGAUAAGACUUGGGCCAACGACAUCAUGUUACUGCAGCUGGCUUGGAAGGCUGACAUGACGGAUGCAGUGAGCCCCAUCAAUCUGCCCAGGUGCUGGCAGAAGGUGAAUCCAGGGAUGAUGUGCAGUGUGGCCGGCUGGGGGCGACUGGAGGUAGAUAUGCCCUCUGCAGACAAACUACAGGAGGUGGACCUUGAAGUCCAAAGUGAGGAGAAAUGUAUCGCUCGCUUCAGAAACUACAACCCCAUCACGCAGAUAUGUGCUGGAGAUCCAAACAAGAGGAAGAAUUCUUACUCGGGUGACUCUGGGGGCCCGCUCGUGUGUGAUGGUGUGGCCCAGGGCAUUGUGUCCUAUGGAAGAGAUGAUGGGACAACUCCAGAUGUCUACACCAGAAUCUCCAGCUUUCUGCCCUGGAUCCAGACAACAAUGAGACAGUACAAAUGCCAGGGAUCAGCCUGAGGUGCCCCCGAUAUUGACCCUCCAUCUUCCCUGGGAUUGGAAGCAUUGGUCAAAAUGUGUGGAGGAAGGUUGCCUGGAAUUUAAUAAACAUUCAUCUCUUGA